AUGGCGUCUCUGAUAAUGUCUCCAUCGACUAAGCAGUACUUGGCAUCCUCGUCUCUUUCCCAGCACAGUAAUCACAGUCGAUGCCGCUACAAAACAACUAGCCUCUCCUUUUCCUCUUCCUCUUCUUCUUCUAUUUCUUUGCCCCAGCCACAGCAAGGGUUUGCGAAUGCUCCCACUCUUACCGCCGUCGGGAGGCGUCGCCGCCACUCCUCAUCGUUUCUGGAAGCACCGGAAGCUGUUAGGCAUCUCGUCGGAUCACUUACACGAACUGAAGGCCUCCGUUUUGCCGUGGUCGUUGCUAGGUUCAAUGAGAUUGUGACUCGGCGGCUUUUAGAGGGAGCUAUCGAGACUUUUAUUAGGUAUUCCGUCAAGGAAGAAGACAUCGAUGUUGUGUGGGUUCCCGGUAGUUUCGAAGUGGGUGUUGUUGCGGAGAAGCUAGGCAAAUCAGGGAACUAUAAUGCAGUUCUGUGUAUUGGAGCUGUGAUAAGAGGUGACACCUCACACUAUGAUGCUGUUGCAAAUUCCGCUGCAUCUGGAGUACUCUCGGCUGGUCUCAAUUCAGGAGUCCCAUGUAUAUUCGGAGUUCUGACAUGCGAAGACAUGGAUCAGGCACUAAACCGGGCUGGCGGGAAAGCUGGGAACAAAGGAGCGGAGGCUGCUUUAACAGCUAUUGAGAUGGCAUCCUUGUUUGAGCACCACUUGAAGUAG